GGGGACUAUAAAUAUAUGACCGAUACCCAUACACAGAAUUUGUAGUUGGUUCUCGUAUGAUAUCAAAGCUAGCCAACAUGAAAAAACAAAUUCUAGUUGUAUUAUUUGUUUUAUUCAAUGUCAACAUGGACAAUGCCCAGAUAUAUACAGCUAGGCGUCUACCACGAGCUUCAGUAGAUGAGCGAUCUGCAGAUCAAGGAAAAGAUUACGUUGUAUAUUACUUUGGAUAUGAACAUCAGUUAUCUUGGUUAAAAGCCAUGCAACAUUGUAAAGCUCAUCAAAUGGAUUUAGUUGCUAUUAAAUCGAAGGAAGAAAACGAUUACAUCCUAUCUCGGCUGGAAUGGGAUCUAGGACAUGAUAAACGCAACUUCUGGUUUUGGACAGCGGGAACUACUUAUCCAAACAACAAAUGGGCAUGGUUGUCAACGGGAGAACCAGUUAAUUAUACUAACUGGGAACCCACUCAACCUGAUAAUGCUGACGGCUACGAACAUGUUCUCCAGAUUAAAUACAGAAAGGGGUUAGACCUUUUAUGGAACGACCUCAAUCAGGAAUUCCGUCUUCAUCCACUUUGCGAGGCUAGAUCUACCUUAGCGGAAGUCGAGAAAUUUGAAAAAAGUUGCAAUCAGUCAGUACCUUUGGAUUUAUCAAAAUUGGAACCAAUGACCUUUAAACAAACUACAUUUUUUUAAAUACUUUGGAAUAUGUUUGUGAAUUGUUUGAUAAAUUAUUGAAACUGUUUGCUGUGGAUAAUCUUAAUCAAUACAGUCUGUUGUAGCAUAUAA